AUGGGAAAAGAAGAUCUUCCGACUGAAGAUAUAAAGCAUAUCCUGGAGAAGGUAUUAUCAGAAUGGAAGAAUGUAUCUCAGCAUUUGGAGGAUCUGGCCAGAAAGAUUCAGCUCCAGGAAGAUAUAAACACUUACUUUAGGCAACUCGAUGAGCUUGACAGGACCAUAAAGACACAGGAGGAGUGGCUAAAACAUGCCCCCUCUUCAGCAUCCCCCCAGCAGGCCUUAGGGAGUGCGAAGUGGGAACUGACAAAUCUCCUUGGCCUCCACCCCAGAAUGGAAAUGGUGUGUGCCAGCUGUGCAGCCCUCAAGUCUAGGCCUUCUGCCCACCAUUUUGUCCAGCGGGGCUUUGAACGCCUCCUGGGCCGCUACCAGUCUGUGCAGCAGGACUUAGAGGAUCCUCAGCAACAGCUGGAGAACGGUAAACGUGCUGUCUCCUCCGUUGCCUCCCUGUUCGCCCUAAUUUAA